ACGCAUGAGAUUUCUCCUCUGUUCUGCUCAUCACUUUCUAGUUAAUGAGUGACGUAAGAAAAACUACGGAAAGCCGGAGGAAUCAGGCCCGUUUGUCGCUUUCUUUUUUUACUUCGCGUUCGCGCGGUGAGGUUUUGGUUGGGCUGCACAAACAAUGAUGUCGGAGCAGGAGGCUUUGAAGAACUCCAGCGCGAGGAACCGUGGAGGCGUGCAGCGGGUCGAGGGCAAACUACGAGCCAGUGUGGAAAAGGGUGAUUACUAUGAAGCCCAUCAAAUGUAUCGCACCUUGUUCUUUAGGUACAUGUCACAGGCCAAGCAUGCAGAGGCCAGGGAGCUGAUGUAUAAUGGGGCUCUGCUGUUCUUCAGCUACAACCAGCAAAACAGCGCCGCUGACCUGUCCAUGCUCGUGCUGGAAUCUCUGGAAAAGUCAGAAACAAAAGUAUCAGAUGAGAUAUUCGAGCAUCUAACCAAGCUCUUCAGCCUGAUGGACCCCAACUCCCCAGAGAGGGUGGCCUUCGUGUCCCGGGCGCUUAAGUGGUCUACGGGGGGCUCAGGCAAGUUGGGCCACGCCAACCUGCACCAGCUGCUGGCCGUCACCUUGUGGAAAGAGCAAAACUACAGCGAGUCCCGCUACCACUUCCUGCAUUCGUCGGACGGCGAGGGCUGCGCGCAGAUGCUGGUGGAGUACUCGGCGUCGCGUGGCUACCGCAGCGAGGUCGACAUGUUCGUGGCCCAGGCCGUCCUACAGUUCCUUUGCCUGAAGAACAAGAGCAGUGCUUCUGUAGUGUUCAGCACCUACACACAGAGGCACCCAUCCAUAGAGAGGGGCCCCCCCUUCGUCCAGCCGCUGCUCAACUUUCUCUGGUUCCUGCUGCUGGCCGUGGACGGGGGGAAGCUAACGGUCUUCACUGUGUUAUGUGAGCAGUACCAACCCUCCCUGAAGAGGGACCCCAUGUAUAAUGAGUACCUUGACAGGAUAGGACAGCUCUUCUUCGGCGUGCCCCCGAAACAAACGUCCUCCUAUGGCGGGUUGCUAGGUAACCUGCUGAACAGCCUGAUGGGAUCAGGCGAGGAUGAGGAGGGUGAAGAGGUUCAGGAAGACGGCAGCCCUAUUGAACUGGACUGAGGAACGGGGUGGGGGGGCAGAGGCUGGCCUGGUCCAGGGCUCGGAGCAGCAGACCCCCAGCUGCCCGCCCCAGCCCCACCACACUAAACCGACACAGAACCAGAGAAAAAAAUGGCCACAACCCCCCCCAUGCCCUGGGACUACAGCAGUGUUUUUUUUGGUCUUUUUUUAAAUUUUUUUUUCCUGGAAGGUGGGCAGUGGGCCUUGGUUUUUUUCCUCAUAGUUUGAUGCAAUUUUAAGAGGGGGGGGCGCACAUCUGCUCUUGGUGUAUUUUUUUUGUAUUGUUUCCUUUUCCACGGGGGAAUGGUCUCGAUAUUUAUGCGUAACAUUACACAGUUUCAGUCAGUGUGCAGUAGAGUCUGCACACACUGAAUGACCAUGGCGUUGGGGGGGGGGGGUGCACUUAUUGUACCAUUAAAGUAACGAGGAUAAAUUAUGCUCUUUAUAAAGUAA